UCUCGCCUCCGCCUCCGCCUCCGCCUGCAGGUGUGAGCAGAUGGCGCCGUCCAAGCAGUACGACGAAGGCGGGCAGCUCCAGCUGAUGGAUGCAGACAGGGUUGAGGAGGAGGAGGAGUGCUUUGAGUCCAUCGACAAGUUAAUCUCGCAAGGGAUAAACUCUGGAGAUGUGAAGAAGCUGCAGGACGCUGGUAUCUACACUUGCAAUGGCCUCAUGAUGCAUACAAAGAAGAGCCUGACAGGAAUCAAGGGAUUAUCUGAAGCAAAGGUAGAUAAGAUCUGCGAAGCAGCUGAAAAACUUCUGAGCCAGGGAUUCAUGACAGGAAGUGAUCUCCUUAUUAAGCGGAAGUCUGUUGUUCGGAUCACCACUGGGAGUCAGGCACUUGAUGAGCUGCUUGGCGGAGGGAUUGAAACACUCUGCAUCACAGAGGCAUUUGGAGAGUUUCGAUCAGGGAAGACCCAGUUGGCUCACACUCUAUGUGUCUCCACUCAGCUUCCAAUCCACAUGCAUGGGGGGAACGGGAAGGUUGCUUACAUUGACACUGAGGGAACAUUCCGGCCUGAGCGCAUUGUACCAAUUGCUGAGAGGUUUGGGAUGGAUGCCAAUGCUGUUCUUGAUAAUAUCAUAUAUGCUCGUGCAUACACCUAUGAGCACCAGUACAACUUGCUCCUUGGCCUUGCUGCUAAGAUGGCUGAAGAGCCUUUCAGGCUUCUGAUUGUGGAUUCCGUGAUCGCACUAUUCCGUGUUGAUUUCAGUGGCAGGGGUGAACUUGCAGAGCGCCAGCAAAAAUUGGCACAGAUGCUCUCUCGCCUUACUAAGAUAGCUGAGGAGUUCAAUGUUGCAGUGUACAUCACCAACCAAGUGAUUGCCGAUCCAGGUGGUGGAAUGUUCAUAACUGACCCGAAGAAACCUGCGGGAGGCCACGUGCUUGCGCAUGCAGCCACCAUCCGGUUGAUGCUGAGGAAAGGCAAAGGAGAGCAGCGUGUCUGCAAGAUCUUUGAUGCACCUAACCUGCCUGAGGGAGAAGCUGUUUUCCAGGUAACAUCAGGUGGAAUAAUGGAUGCGAAAGACUGAACGUUCAUUGACGCUGCUCCCUGUCCUCAAAUUACAGGUUUCUCCUAGUAUAUUCCUGCAUAAGUGCAUAGGCCAUAUAGGUACAUUGACAAAACACUACUGCUAGUCUGCUACUAUGAUAUUUCUACCCAGAUAGUUCUAACCUCAUACUGGAUAUUUCUCUGUCCUUAGGAGAACAACAGUUGUACUGAAACAAAUACAAUAUUGUCUUAUGUUUAACAGGUUGGUUCCCCCAGAUGUUUAUACCCCACAUUGAGGUUUUCUUUAUACACCUGCUCGUGCACAAUUUGUACAAUCGUAUGUCAAACGCCAAACAUGUCUUUUGUGCUGAUUAUCCACGGAUUUUCUUUAAGUACGUGGUCUCUAUUCAGUUCCCCAGUUUAUUCUCCAGUUAGACCACAAAUGUCUAUUACAAGCAUUUUCUUGUUAGAACAUUCAUUUGAUUGAGAUAUUUUUUGCGUACAUUUACAAGCGGCAAGAGGGCCGCUCGUAAAUAUUCCU